CAGUAGAGGUCGUUAGUUUGGCAAGGAACUUCUGUGAAUGAACUUCCGGGAUGUAAUGUACGCCUAUUCAUUUGUUUUUGUGCAUUUCUAGGCGAAUAACAAAGUCCACAACAUAACAAGCCUAUGAGGGCUUCAUCAUCACCAGUCAAAAAGUGAUCCAAAGAUUCACACUGACCGCUCAUAAACUCGCAUACAUUUAUGGACGACACUUCAUUCCCAGUCGCUGGUGUUGUGAUAGCUGUUGUGUCCAGUUUUAUAAAUGGAUCCACGUUUGUACUACAGAAAAAGGGGAUACUGCGAGCCCGCAAAUCAGGAUAUAAUGUCAUUACAGGUGGAACUUACCUGGCUGACUGUGUGUGGUGGUGUGGUACACUUGCAAUGAUUGUGGGACAAAUAGGGAAUUUUCUGGCAUACAAUGUUGCCCCGGCAGUUGUGGUCACUCCCCUUGGAGCCCUGGGUGUCCUGUUUGGGGCCAUUCUGGCAUCCUGGCUGCUUCAGGAAGAUCUCAAUCUCAUAGGGAAACUUGGCUGCGCUUUGUGCUGUUGUGGUUCAGUUGUGCUCAUCAUUCACUCGCCCAAGUCGGAAAAUGUAACAUCAAGAGCAGAACUAGAGGAAAGACUGAUGGCUCCAGUGUUCCUGGUGUACAUCUCACUGGUGGUCUUGUUACUGAUCAUACUGAUCGGUUGGCUAUCUCCAGUUCACGGAAAAUCCAACAUUAUGGUGUACGUGGGCAUCUGUUCUCUCCUUGGGAGUUUCACUGUGCCGAGCAGCAAAGGCCUGGGACUGGCUGCUCAGGAGGCUUUCGGUGGAACACCUACAAGUGAUAGCGGAGCACUUUACCUCUUCCUGGGGUUGCUGGGAAUUCUCGUAGUCAGUAUUCUGAUCCAGUUCACCUUUAUCAACAAAGCCUUGGAGAGCUUUAGCUCUAACAUGUUUGAGGCCAUUUACUAUGUGACUUUCACCUCAUGUGUCAUCCUGGCCUCCGCAGUUCUUUUCAGGGAAUGGACAGCACUCGGUAUUGUGGACUGUUUGGGUAUUCUGUGUGGUUUUAUCACCGUAUCUGUGGGUGUUGCCUUAUUACGCAUCUCUCAAGAAGCUAAACUUGCUUGGAGCCAAACCAAAGCUAAAGAGGACUAACUUAUGAGUACUCAAUGUUUUUUAAUCAAUACUUGACAGAGUUGGUUUCACAAACACAGAUGGGAUAUGAUGAUGUGUUUACUAGUAAUUCACCAAAUAAGGGAGAUUUCCUAUAACAUUUUAUAGACUAGGUUAUAUUAUUUUAAAUAAAAUGUAUUUUAAUAUGGAAUUUACUGAUUAUUAUGCAUCAGUUUUAUCUCAGUCACUAAUAAAUACUUUUUUAAUAAAUUA